AUGUCUGCAUUCUACGAGCUCCUCUCAUCCCAAAGUCAAGAGUUUCCACACAGCCACUCACCAGGAAGCAUCCGUUUCUCAGCCAUCCUCGCCGGCGUCCCCGAGGCCGCUCUUGAGACGAUGGAGGCCCGCAGCAAGGCCGACGCUACCGUGUCCCGCCUGAGCUGCGCCUCCUACCGCUACCGGAACAGCGGACGCAACGUCAAGGUGUACAACGCGUCAAGAUGCCGGGUGCUGAGCGCCAUCCAGGGCGGCCCCUUGGCCUGCUGCAUAGUGCCAAGCAGUUCCAGCUUCUACAUUCCCUGCUACACACCUCUCGCUUCGCGCUCCUCGCGCACUUGA